UGCCCCCUCCCUCUUUGCGCAAGAUGGCUGCCGGGGGCUCGGUGAAGAUUGGAAUUAUCGGUGGAACUGGCCUGGAUGAUCCAGAUAUCUUAGAAGGAAGAACAGAAAAAUAUGUUGAUACUCCUUAUGGCAAGCCCUCAGAUGCUUUGAUUUUGGGAAAGAUAAAAAAUGUGAACUGUGUGCUGUUGGCAAGACAUGGAAGACAUCAUACAAUUAUGCCAUCAAAUGUCAAUUACCGUGCCAAUAUCUGGGCAUUAAAAGAAGAGAAUUGUACACAUGUUUUGGUGACUACUGCCUGUGGUUCAUUACGAGAAGAAAUACAACCAGGUGAUCUUAUCAUGAUUGACCAGUUUAUUGACAGGACAACUAAAAGACAUAAUACUUUAUAUGAUGCUCAGUGUUCCACUCUUCCAGGAGUAUGUCAUAUUCCAAUGGCGGAGCCAUUCUGCACCAAAACCAGAGAGGUUCUUAUUGAGAUUGCAAAGAAGCUUGGGCUUCAAUGUCAUUCUAAGGGGACAAUGAUCACAAUUGAAGGCCCACGUUUCAGUUCUCGAGCAGAAAGCUUGAUGUUUCGCAGCUGGGGAGCUGAUGUUAUCAACAUGACCACGGUGCCUGAAGUGAUUCUUGCAAAAGAAGCUGGAAUGAGUUAUGCAAGUAUUGCUAUGGCAACAGAUUAUGACUGCUGGAAGGAGCAUGAAGAAACAGUUUCAGUGGAUAAAGUUUUAAAGACGCUGAAAGAGAAUGCAAAUAAGGCUACUAGCAUACUCCUUACUGCUAUACCUCUGAUAGGUUCCAUGGAAUGGACAGACACCCUGCACACCUUGAAAACAACUGUGCAGUGUUCAGUCAUUCUGCCAAAGCAGUAACAGCCUGGAUGGACUGAAGUUUGAGUCCUCACAAGAAAGAGUGGACUACUUCCAAAUUUCCAGAGGGUAUAAUACCUUUGAAAACUAUGAAAAUUAUGAAAGAAUGGUGUAAACCUUGACCAAUUACAAUGUGUAAGACAGCUUUUAUAAUCUUGGUCAUGCUUACUAAUCUACAAAAUGGUGAAAGUUAGAUUUUGAGUAUGUUUUAAACUUGGAAUACCUUUACUAUCUCAUUUCAUUGGACAGUAGAAAGCAGAUUCACAAGUAUGGUAGUUGCUUUGCUAUUGCUGCAUCUUAUUGUUUUCUCUGAUGGGGAUACUGGUUACCAUUCAUUUCAGAAACAAACCAGAAAAACUGAGUAAGUAAUUUCAUAAUAAAAUUAUACUAUUUUUAUACAUUAUCCAUAUUUUUAUUUCAGUAUUUUUGAUAUGCAGUAUUUUUUGUUUGUGUACUAGAAGAAACAGUUUAAUAGAAGGAAUCACAGAAUGGUUUGAGUUGGAAGGGCCCUUAACAAUAAUCCAGUUCCAACCCCCCUGCCAUAGGCAGGGACACCUUCCACUAAACCAGGUUGCUCAAAGCCCCUUCCAGCCUGGCCUUGAACAUUUUCAGGGAUGGGGCAUCCACAAUAAUAUAAUCACAAUCCUGGUUCUUUCUCAGCUGUAGUUGUGUCAUGAAUGAGCAGUCACAUUACAAAAAUAUUAGCAAAUGGCUAAGCCAAAUUUGUGCCUGAAGAUGUAGUUAUGUGACUUACAGAACUAUAUAGAAAGGUACUUUGCUGCCAAUGGCCUGAACACUGUGUUGGCCUUUUGCUGCUUCACUGAUCUGAACAACUCUGGCUUUAGUUUCUAUUUUAAGUGAUGAAUGUAAUUGAGUGCUUUGAAUGUAUGCAUUUAUUAAUACAAUUUGGCUUCAAUAAAAUAACCUGCUUAUUCUUGUCUAAAAAAUAAACAUAUCCUUCUCUGAA